GCCUCGGUUUAUCCGUCAAGCUAGCGAGAGUUUGACAGAAAGCGCAGCGAGUGUGCUUCAACAUUAAACUCUCCUCCUUUGCUCGGACGCUGUUCUACCGGCUCUCUGUAGGCUUUACUGUUAAUGCAGGGAGAGGAAGUAGUGUUUGUAGCCGUGGUGUUUGUCCCUGUCCCCGGCCACACUGUGCAGCUCAGCACGCUUAGCUGAAUUGAGGGCAGUAACGUCAGCUAACGCUUCAUGUAUGUGCUUUAAAAACAUAGAAGGAACCGUGGAAGUAAACACAUAUGGAUCCUAACAGGAUAAUCCAGGCUCUGAAGGGGACUAUCGACCCUAAUCUGAGGAUAGCGGCUGAGAAUGAACUCAAUCAGUCCUACAAGAUCAUCAACUUCGCUCCGACCCUGCUUCAGAUCAUCGUGUCGGAGCAGGUGGAGUUUCCUGUUCGGCAGGCAGCGGCCAUCUACCUGAAGAACAUGGUGAGUCAGUACUGGCAGGACAGAGAGCCGUCUCUGGGCGAGGUCGUCUUUCCUUUUAACAUCCAUGAGAACGACCGGCAGCAGAUCAGAGACCACAUUGUGGAGGGCAUCAUCCGCUGUCCAGAGUCCAUACGUGCCCAGCUGACCAUGUGUCUGCGAGCCAUCAUCAAGCACGACUUCCCCGGCCGCUGGACCGCCAUCGUUGACAAGAUCGGCAUGUACCUGCAGUCACAGAACAGCGGCAGCUGGUAUGGCAGCCUGCUGGCUCUCUACCAGCUGGUCAAAACCUAUGAGUACAGGAAGGCAGACGAGAGGGAGCCGCUGCUGGCAGCCAUGCAGAUCUUCCUGCCGAGGAUUCAACAGCUAAUCAGCCAGCUAAUGGCAGACGGCACAAUCUUCUCUGUCCUCAUCCAGAAACAGAUCCUCAAGAUCUUCCAUGCACUUGUACAGUACUCACUGCCUCUCCAGCUGAUCAACAACACAGUGAUGACUCAGUGGAUGGAAAUCCUCCGAGCCAUAAUGGACCGAGACGUCCCUGCAGAGACGUUGGAGGUGGAUGAGGACGACCGUCCCGAGCUGGCUUGGUGGAAGUGUAAGAAGUGGGCGCUGCGUAUCAUCACCAGACUGUUUGAGCGGUACGGAAGCCCCGGUAAUGUGACCAAGGAGUACUAUGAGUUUGCAGACUUCUUCCUGAAGACAUACUCAGUGGGCAUACAGCAGGUCCUGCUGAAGGUGGUGGACCAGCACAGACAAAAGCAGUACGUUACUCCUCGAGUCCUGCAACAGAGCCUCAAAUACCUCAAUCAGGGCCUGUCACACUCUCUGACCUGGAAGCAGAUGAAGCCACACAUGCAGACCAUAUGUCAGGAGGUCAUCUUCCCUCUCAUGUGUUACAAAGACGAGGACGAGAAGCUCUGGCAGGAAGACCCAUAUGAAUACAUCCGCAUGAAAUUCAACCUUUAUGAUGAUCACGCCCUUCCAGCCACCGCUGCCCAGAGCCUUCUGUGUAAAGCUGCCCGCAAGAGGAAGGAGGUUCUUCCUCAGAUGAUGGAGUUCUGCCAUCAGAUACUGAUGGACCCCUCCUGUGACCCCCGCAAGAAGGACGGGGCGCUGCACUGCAUCGGAGCUCUGGCUGAGCUGCUACUGAAGAAGCGGAUGUACAGGGAGCAGAUGGAGCUGAUGCUGCAAAACUACGUCUUCCCUUUGCUCAACUCCCCUUUGGGUUACCUGCGAGCCAGGUCGUGCUGGGUGCUCCACAGCUUCAGCCCGCUGCGUUUCCAUGACGAGCUGGUGCUGAGGAACGCCGUGGAGCUGGUCAAACAGGAUCUGGUGGAAGACAAAGAGAUGCCCGUCAAGGUGGAGGCCGCCAUCGCUCUGCAGACACUGGUCAGCAACCAGGAACAAGCCAAGCUGUAUAUCAGGCCGUACAUCCGGCCGGUCAUGCAGGAGCUGCUGCACGUUGUCAAAGAGACCGAAAACGACGACCUGACCAACGUCAUCCAGAAGAUGAUCUGCGAGUACAACCAGGAAGUGGCGGCCAUCGCUGUGGAUAUGACACAGAACCUGGCGGAGAUCUUCACCCGAGUCCUCCAGAGCGAGGAGUAUGAGGAGAACGAGGACAAGACAGUGAUGGCCCUGGGCAUCCUCAGCACCAUCGACACCAUCCUCACCGUCAUGGAGGACCACAAAGAGAUCACUCAGCAGCUGGAGGGCAUCUGUUUGCAGGUGAUCGGUUUGGUCUUGCAGAAGCCCAUCAUAGGUAUGGCAGAGUUCUACGAAGAGAUCCUGUCCCUGGCAUUCGGCCUCACGUGUCAGACCAUCUCCCCCCAGAUGUGGCAGCUGCUGGGCGUCUUGUACGAGGUCUUUCAGCACGACUGCUUCGACUACUUCACAGAUAUGAUGCCUCUUUUGCACAAUUACGUUACCGUGGAUACAGACAUGCUCCUAUCCAACCCUAAGCACCUAGAGGUCAUCUACAGCAUGUGCAAAAAGGUGCUGACCAUAGACGCAGGCGAGGACGCAGAGUGUCACGCUGCCAAGCUGUUGGAAGUCAUCAUCCUGCAGUGCAGGGGCCGAGGCAUCGACGAGUGCAUCCCUCUGUUCGUGGAGGCGGUGCUGGAGCGUCUGAUGCGGGGGGUGAAGUCCAGCGACCUGAGGACCAUGUGCCUGCAGGUGGCCAUCGCCGCUCUGUACUACAAUCCAGCGCUGCUCAUCCACACUCUGGAUAACAUGCGCUUCCCACACAACCCGCAGCCCAUCACAGCCCACUUCAUCAACCAGUGGAUGAACGACACAGAGUUCUUCCUGGGGCUCCACGACCGUAAGAUGUGCAUCAUCGGCCUGAGCGUGCUGAUGGAGCUGCCCAGUCGGCCAGCAGCGCUGGAGGGAGUCGCCGCUCAGAUUGUACCCUCCAUUCUGCUCCUCUUCCUGGGCCUCAAACACCUGUAUGCCUCACGCCUCAUCAACAAACCAGACCUGCUGGCCCGUGCAGGGGCUCAGGAAGAAGACCAGAACGAGGAGAUUCCCAGUGAUGAAGACGAGGUGAACGAGAACCGUAAUACCAUGCAGCAGCAGUCCAGUAUGCCGACCAGCCCGGGGGGUGAGGACGAGGACGAAGACGAAGACGACUACUGGGACGACGACGGCUUCGAGGGAACCCCGUUGGAGGAGUACAGCACACCUCUCGACUACGACAACGGAGAAGACGAGUAUCAGUUCUUCACAGCUGCCCUGCUCAGGAUCCAGAACACUGAUGCAGCCUGGUACCAGUGUUUGACAGCUCCACUCAGCGACGACCAGAAGAAACAGCUGCAGGAGAUCUACAGCAUCUCACAGCAGAGGAGGAGCACCGCCGCCAAGGGCCAGUGAGCGCAGAUGAGAUGGACUGCAGCAUCUGAGGAGGGGGAUGAAGAAAAGAGGAGCGGGGUCUGACCUGAUCUGAAGUGGAUUCCAGUUUAAACUGAAUGACCUCAGUCCAGAUCAGACCACGUCAGACUUAAUGACUUGAUGGAGCCCACAAGAAAAAAGAAAAAGAAAAAAAAAAACCUCGUCCCACAGUGCCAUGAAGAACCGGAUGGAGUAGCAGGGGCUUGGGUUGGCAUCACAACAGCAUGGGACCUGGUGCACUGUACAGAGCCCCUACUGGAAUAUUCCUAUCACCAGGACAGGACCUGUGUGUG